AGUGGGAAGCCAAAGCGACCAAAGACGCCGAAAGGAAACCAAGCAGGGAAUUGGUGCAAGAGGAGGAAGAACAGUUGAUGGAAGAAAAGAGAAAGAGGAAAGACGACAAGAGAAAGAAGAAGCUGCUCAGAAGAAGGUCACUGAACAAAAAAGCAAAGUGUUAGAACCCCCAAAGCCUGGUACAAGCCAGCCACUCCCUGCUUCAACCCCUCCUACCACCUCAAUAGUCACCGGCAGUGUUAGUGGCAACAAUAAUGCCAAAAGGGCUGUGGGCAACAAUCCGCAAGCGCAGCAGCCGUCUUCACCACGCUACCCACCUCGAGAAGUGCCGCCACGGUUCCGGCACCAGGAGCAGAAGCAACUCUUGAAGCGAGGACAGCCACUGCCAGGGAUUGCUGCCAACCUGAGGGCGCCAUCUAAACUGCUGAACAGCCAGGCGGGCGAGAGCACCGGGACCCGCGAGCAGGCGGUCUCCGAAAGCCAAGGACAGAGCAGCAGCCAGAAGCAGCCAGAUCUGAACCACAGCACACUUGGAUCCCAUUAUGAGAAUGCUCACUGGGAAAGGACCUUUUCCAGUAGUGACUCCAGCACAAACUGGGAUAAAACUGUUGUAGACAGCUCAGAGAAGGCAUGGCCCUCGACCACCGGCAGUGACUUGCAGCUGGCUUCAGAAUGUAUGGACGCUGAUUCUGCCUCGAGUUCCGGAUCGGAGAGGAACAUUAUGAUGGCCUCGCGGGGCCCCAGCAGCGACGUCCAGCACCUUCAAAAUGGCAUUGGACAUGGCAAUCAGGCCAAGCUGGUCAGCAGUAGCAACAGCAAUAAUGUGAGCAGUGGAAGCCUUAGCGGGUCCUGUGCGUCUCUGGGCGCCCUGAUGAGCCCCUGUCCCCUUUCGGCAGAGGCUUCCAAAGGUAUCCCUGAAAGUAGCCACGGCAGAGCGAAUGCUUGGGGCGCCCCCAGUUCAUCCAAUGAAGAAUCAAAUCCCAGCACUUUGACCUCCAAUGGCCACGGGGGUGCCUGGCCAGUCUUGGAGAGCAGCGGGCCUGCCCUGAAAGGGCCCCGAGGAAGCAGUAGUUGCGGCACAGAUGCCAUGCAGAUGGUGAACAAUCAGAGUGCGAACUCUAGCCUUGGCAGCUUGGGCAGCCUCCAGGAGAACUGUGAUUCCCAACUCCAUGGUACAAGGAAACUUUCACGAAGUGGGCAGCCUCAGAACCCCAACCACGAAGUGAAUGGACCAAAUAAGAACACUACUAACUUUAUGACCUCUAGUUUACCAAACCCAGCUGGUUCAAUGCAGACGACUGAACCGGUGAGCAAUGCAGGGCCUGGGACCUGGAGCAGGAGCGCCCAAAGCAAACGGCCUCAGCCCUCGGCCUCCCCACUAACAAACGGCACUUCCAUUUCUCACCUGAGCAACGGUGACACAAAAAGUGGUGGGGCUCCUGGGUCUAGGUGGGUUACCUAUGCCCGUUACUCCCUAGAGACCCGUUCUGACUCAAAUAGCCAAGCUAACAAUGACACUGUGAAUGCAACACCAAUGCAUCCUGGGCUGACUCGGACCAGCAGCUCGGCCAUAGAAAUAAGUGAGGAUCAGCAGACAGGGACGUGGGAGGUGGCAGGCAUGGGUAAUAGCCAGAAUGGCACCUGGGGGCCUAGAAGUGGAAUGGGCCACGGAGGAGGCCGCAGAGGCUCUGUCCAGAAUGCCAACUUAGGAGACGGGGAAUGGAACAAGCUCCCGAGCGGCCAUUCCUCUGAAGCCAACAGUGGGAAUGGGAAGAUGUUUACCAAUGAAUGGAAAUCUGCCGAGGGGGAGAAGGCUGACCCCCAAUGCUGCACAGCGCCCCAGGCCCUGGAGCAGAAUGGUGGGUGGACCAAGGCCAGUUCUGAAGCCGGUGAUGGCAAUCUCGAGGUCCCCGAGGAGCGGUCCUCCGCAGAAGGGACAAGCCACGAAAGGAGGAAAGUAGACCAGCAAGCGCUGCUUCAAAGCAUGGUGAACAGAACGGACCUGGACCCGCGUGUCCUUUCCAAUUCUGGUUGGGGGCAAACCCCAAUAAAGCAAAACACAGCCUGGGAUACAGAAGUGACUCCAAAGGGCGGAAAGAAAGCUGACAAUGGAACAGAAGCCUGGGGGGUUUGUGGCCCAAGCCUGCAGUUCAGGGGGGGCUCCGGAGAGGCCCCACCUCCAUGGGCCCAGUCCUUCCCCUGGGACAGGCUGGGGGAGCCUAAAUCUGCAAGCAGGUGGGGAGACUCCAGAGGCCCCAGCAGCCAAGGAGGCUGGGAAGAGGGCGCAGCUCCCGUCAUGGGUAAGAGCAGCCAGUCCUGGGGGACGGGCCAAGAGGUCCGCGCCCCAUCGCUGACCUGGAACGACCCAGAGAAGCUCAGGCAGGGAUGGGGAGACGGCCCCAAAGCAAGCUCUGGGUGGGCUGCUCCGGCUGGCGAUGGCUGGGGGGAGAACGUGAGGAACAAUCAUUGGGGCGAAAUGAAGAAGUCGAGUUCCAGCAGCAGCGACAGCGACCGCUCCACCUCCUGCUGGAAAGAGCCCGCUAGGUCGAACUCUGGGCGCUGGGCUGGGGGCAACGGCGGCAGCACCAAGCCGUGCAGUGCUUCAGGGUGGGAGGAGACUGCCAAGCCAAAUCCCAGCCCUGUGUGAGAGACCCCCAAGCCAAAUCGCUCCCAGAGCUGGGGGGAGCCCUCCAAACCCUCUGGGUCCCCUGACUGGAGUAAGCAGCAGGAGGCCGGGUGCUGGGGGGGCAAAUCGUCAGGCGUGGGGUGGCUGGAACCCAUGCCGGCCCCGGUCAAAGAAGAGGAGCCCAGGUGGGAGGAGCCCUCCCCGGAGUCCAUUCGUCGGAAAAUUGAGAUUGACGAUGGAACCUCUGCGUGGGGCGACCCGAGCAAAUACAACUACAAAAAUGUGAACAUGUGGAACAAGAACACCCCGAACCCCGUGGGCCGACCGGAUGUGCAGACGCAUCAGCCGGGGUUGCCCUUGGGUCCCACAGCCGGCACGGAGAGCGUGGCCAGCAGUAGCUCCAGUUGGGGAGAACCUCCUCCUGCACCUGCUACAGUAGAUAACGGCACAUCUGCCUGGGGUAAACCUGUGGACACUGGUCCGAGCUGGGGAGCCUGUCAGUGAGGCCACGGAUGCCAGGGCUGGGGAAAUGCUUCCGUGGGACAACAGGCGUCUCAUAAAGCAGGACCUAAGUCUAUGCAAGUCCCCGAUGGCUGGUGUGGAGGGGAUAUGCCUUUGGCGGGGAAUCACCCAGCCAGCUGGGAGGAAGAGGAGGAUGUGGAGAUAGGCGUGUGGAACAGCAACUCAGUGCAAGAUGCCGGUGCGCCUUUGCACUGGCCGCCAUGCUCAAAAAAGAUGCCUUCUAAGGCAGCAAUGAAAAGUGGAAAUAAGCAAGACGAAAUGUGGACAAAUCCCUUUGUGAAGCAGUUUGCCAAUCUUGGGUUCCCUAGAGACCUGCCAGAAGAAUUGCAGAGCAAUAAGAUGGAGCUAUCAGGAGGAAUCUUGCCUGACAAGCGGAUGGAGCUGGAGAAGCAUAACCUGAAUGUUGGCGAAGGCAGCAGGGCGAUUGGGAAAAAUCCUGGCUCCCGUCCCCAGAUUUCCAAAGAGUCUUCCAUGGACAGAAGUCCUUACUUCGAUAAGGAUGGCCUGGUAGCAGACGAUUCCCCAAACAUGCAGUUCAUGCCCAGUCAGAACGGGAAGUUUCCCCCUUCCAACAGUGCACUUCCUAACCACGUCCUCAGCUCCCUCGCGGGGCUGAACGUGCAAAGCUUGAAUUCUGUUAGACAGAACGGCAAUCCCAGUCCUUUUGGAAAUCUCACAGCACAAGCCCGGACGAUGCAGCCAUCUCCAGCACAGCCUCCUCUUCACUCCUCUCAGUCCAAUCCCCGCGCUCAAGUGCCUCCUCCAUUACUCUCCCCUCAGGUUCCAAUAUCAUUGCUGAAGUAUGCACCAAACACCGGGGGCCUCAGCUCACUCUUUGGCCCACAACAAGUAGCCAUGUUGAACCAACUCUCCCAGUUGAACCAACUCUCCCAGUUACAGCGAUUGCUGGCCCAGCAGAGGAAAAUGCAGGGUCAGAGGAGCACGCCUGCUGUGGCCCGCCAGGAGCAGCAGCAGCAGCAACAACAACAGCAACAAAUGAUGCCACCAUCUUGUCAGCUUGAUCCAAGUCUUCUCAUGAAGCAGCAGGUGCCUCCAUCACAACAGCAGUUCCAUCAGACCGCCAUAAAAUCUUUCCUGGAGAAUGUUGUUCCCCAUGCUAACCAAGAGUUGCAGAAAGGGCCAUCUCAAAUCAAUGCAUUCAGCAACUUCCCUAUAGGAAUGAACGCAAACUUGAAUGUAAAUAUGGAUAUGGGCAGUAUUAAGGAGCCGCAGUCCCGGCUGAGAAAGUGGACAACUGUGGACAGUAUUUCCGCCAACACAUCUCUGGAUCAGAAUGCCAGCAAAAAUGGUGCUAUUUCCAGUGGCUUUAGAAUGGAGACGUCGUCCUUUGUUCCUUACGACUUCAUGAGCAGUAGUAACUCACCAGCCAGCCCACCUGGAUCUGUGGGGGAUGGCUGGCCACGUGCCAAAUCACCUAACAAUUCAAGCAGUGUCAACUGGCCACCAGAAUUUCGCCCUGGUGAGCCGUGGAAAGGUUACCCAAACAUCGACCCAGAAACUGACCCUUAUGUUACUCCUGGCAGCGUCACAAACAGCCUGUCGAUUAACACUGUGCGGGAGGCUGACCACCUCAGGGACAGGAACAGCGGGUCAUCCUCAUCUGAACCCACGCUGCCUUCAACUAGUGCCUGGUCAUCCAUUCGUGCCUCCAACUACAAUGUUUCCCUCAACAGUACAGCACAAAGCACUUCUUCAGCCAGAAACAGCGAGUCCAAAUCCACUUGGUCUCCUGCUUCCGUUAACAACACCUCUCUGGCCCAUGAGCUAUGGAAGGUCCCUCUGCCACCCAAGAGCAUCACGGCUCCAUCACGGCCACCCCCUGGACUGACCGGGCAGAAGAUGCCUCUGCCCACCUGGGACAACUCUGUGCGAUUUGGGGGUGGCUGGAGCCACUCGGAUGCCAGAUACACCCCUGGUACCAGUUGGAAUGAGAAUAGCAGCUCAGGGAGAAUCACCAACUGUCUCGUCCUGAAGAACCUCACACCUCAGAUCGAUGGCUCCACCCUGCGGACCCUCUGCAUGCAGCACGGGCCCCUGAUCACAUUCCACCUGAACCUCCCCCAUGGCAACGCUUUAGUCCGGUACAGCUCAAAAGAAGAGGUGAUGAAGGCACAAAAGUCCCUUCACAUGUGCGUCCUCGGGAACACUACAAUUCUGGCUGAGUUUGCCAGCGAAGAGGAGAUUAGCCGCUUCUUUGCACAAGGCCCGUCUCUGACCCCAACCCCCACCUGGCAAUCUCUGGGCACCAGCCAGACCCUGGGGAGCAUGGACAGCACCCACGCGUUCUCCAACCGCAGUGACCUGACCCCUCCCUGGAGCGGUCCUGGGCUUUCAGGAACAAGCAGUGGGGAACUCCAUGGCAACUCCCUUUGGGGCAGCCCCAACUAUUCCACCAGCCUCUGGGGCUCCCUGGGCGGCAACGACACCAGGGGCCUUGGCAGCCCCUCUCCGCUCAAUGCAUUUCUCUCCGUUGACCACCUGGGAGCCGGGGGAGAGUCCAUGUGACCUUGUUUCAGGGGGAAAAACUGUGACCUCAAAGCAGCACUAAAUUUGGAUUCCCCCCACCUCCCCUGCAGCCUCUAGGGGUCAACUGUGGAAAUGGUUACGUCGUGCACAUUUUUCCUCUUUGUGUUAGCCCAAAACAUACCAUUUUGAAUACUUGAAUCAUGCAGGCCAAUUUUAUAAUGUGAAAAGUGAAAAGAUUUACAUUUCCAGGUAGUACAUUGCAUAAUUCAGCAGUUUCCUACAAAAGAUCAGUUUACUUUUCUUGUUUUCCUUGAUUUUUUUCCCCCCCCUUUGGCAACUUGCUGAAAAUGUUGGAGUUUGAGCUUUUUAAGCUUUGCACAGACUUGGUCCUUCUCCCUGCUCUACCAUGUCUGAGUGGUAGCGGCAGCAGCCCCUACCCCCACCACCCCGGGCAACGUUCUGGGGAGGGCAAGGGUGGUGGUGCCCGCUUUGGGUUUCCCCGAUGCCCCUGCGGGUCUGUCCGCCUGGCUCCUCGGCACCUGGUGGCCGUCCGUGGUGCCAAACAGUUGGGGAGGAGAAGACCCUGCCAGGAUGAUGGACGAAAAUGUGUUGCACCUGCCGGCUCCUGUGGAAUCGGACGGACGGAGCUUGGCAGCUCCCGAAGCUGCACGCCCGGCUGCGCGCAUGGGUGGCGCCCUGCACUUUCAUGAGGCGUUUGGGUUUUGUCUUUUAUUUGGGGGGCUCCUGUUGGGGCACUGCCUUGUUUACAGAAGUUUUUUCUUUCUCUCUUUUUUUAAAGAAACAAAUGUUUACUCUUCCAUCACUUAUCUAUUUUUUUAAAAAAGCAAAAGAUGUGGAUGAUAAAGAUGCUUCCUCUUGAUCUCUGGGAAUCACGGGCCGUGUGCGGCCACGUUCCAUUCGUUUUUUUCUAACCCCUCCCCCUCCCGAUCCAAGAGCCUGGCUCUCAGGAAAACGAAGGUCCCCAGUAGAACUACUCCUAGUUUCUUAUAGGAAAAAUAACUUUUAGCACUGAUUAUUACUUGCUCGGUAAAAUGACUUCUGCCAAAAAUUGCUUUGAUUCGCUGGAGUUUGACAUUCUGUGCUUUCCGAUGCUGUCUUUUUAAUAGGGGGGAAGGGGGGGACUUGGCUGGUAAACUGUAGUCCCCUCUUUUCGUAAAGCCCCCCCCCCGCUCCCACUUUCCCGCCCCCCCCCCCUUGUGCCAUUGAUGCUUUUCCUGCUCUUGUGACUGUGUUUCAUGUUUAACCUUAAAGCUGAAGUAACUAUGCAGACUGUAACCAAGGAUUUGGAAUUACAGAACUUUGUUGUAUAAAUUUUAAAUGUUUAAAAGUUCCUGCAAAUACUUUUCUUGUGAAAGUGUUAAACUCAUCUUCCUUUUUUUUGCCACAAAUGGUAUUAUCUGAUGCUUGUUUAGUCGGAGAAUGAAAUACUAAACAAGGAUAAAAAAAAGAACCUUUUAACUGUGCCGAAAGAUGCUCUCAUUUCAUUGCCUUGAUUCUAACUGUUGUGUCUGAAGAUGCAAAAGUUGUCAGUGGCUUUUUAACUGUUUACAAAUAGUGUGUGAUUGUAAAAUGUACAUUUUGGGUUGUGUUCAAAUUAUGAUGCUUCUCCAGAUAUUAAUAAAUCAUGACUUUGGGGGCUGCUUA